UGGAAUAUUUGCCAAAGUGUCGUGUUGAAACUUGCUGUGAAAUAGCCAAAAUGACUACGAAGAAGUUGAAAAUGUACUACUGUUAUGAGCAUUUUUAUGGGCAAGAUGAGGGAGAGUGACUCGUCUCUCCAGAAUUUGUUGCAAAGAAGGUUGGAGUUAUCGACCAAAUGCUCAGACUCUUCACAUAUUUCACCCAAAAUGAAUGCCACAAGAAGCCUGAUGAGAGAACACUAAAGUUUCAGCAAGAGUUCACCCUCCAAGUGCAAAAACUCAGAGAUGACAUCAUUCACGCUUAUGAACAAGGGCUGUUUCAUGAAUUCGGAGAUCUAAUCUGAAAAGCCAGAAAUAUCCAAGCAAACAUGGAUGGUGAUGAGACGUUCUCAAGAUUUGCUUGCUAUAUAAUGUGGGAAAUCAUGCAAGAAAAGCUCGACCAAGAUUCAGAAAUUCCAUCUUGGUUUAGUGGGGUAAUACCCAAGCAAAAGAACAAACUUCAGGAAGAACUGGAGAAGCAACAACUCACCAUCAAGAAUCUCAAGGAAAAGACCAAGAGACUACAACAACAGAAUGAAGAACUGGAACAAAAUCGGAAUUCAAGAGGUCAAGAACCCACCUCUUACCAAAAUCCUAGCCCUGCUCCCAAAAAGAUUACUCGUGGAAAGAAAUCCAACCCGACUGAAUUCAACUCGGAAUCCACACUGAGACUCGAGCUGACCAAUCCUAAGCACAUGGAGUUUCUGGGCUACUUGAAUCGUAGAAUGCCUACGCUGAACAGAAUAGACCUGAAUGGAGUGCCUGCCGACAACCAGAAAAUUAAAACUUUCCUGGGAAAUUUUUUGCCUGAAGAGCUGAAGCUCUUCAACUUCAACUGUUCUUCGCCUCUAUCUACAGGUCUGCCUUUUUAUGCUGAUGCUUUGGCAAAAGCAAGUGCCUGAGUUCGUGAGGUGUUCUCCAUCUACAACUUUGAAGUCUGUGAGCCUCAGCUAAAGACGCUUGUCUGUGCCAGCAAGCACAUGCUAAGACUCGGAUUCCAGUAUUGUAGAUUCUACCUUCCAACUGUUCCUGACUUCGGAGGCAAGUUGAAAGGCAGUGUUCUCAAAGUGUUGGAUUUGAGCGCUUGAGGAAGAAAGGACUACAGUAACUGGACCAACAACCAAGUCUACUUCGAAAAUCUGGUCGAAGGUCUUUCAAAAGAAGAAGACUUCAGAGCUAGCCUGCAGAAGAUCUGGUUGAACCAGUGUGGGAUGCAGCUGAAGACAGUCAAGAGGCUCUUGAGCAAGCACGGGUUCACUCACGUAGAAAUUUGAGGCCACACCAAGUAACUCAAAGCCAAAAUACUUCAGAUGAGAAUUCCCCUAAAAUAUGAUUAACCUAAUUUUUUUAGCAAUAAUUCUCAAU